AGCUAGCGCAUAGCCGAAGCGAGCAACGCUCACUCACUGGCAAUUUUUGGAAUAUUUCUACUUUUGUUUUGACUUGUAUGUUGAAAACUUGAAAUAAGCUCGAAAACACUAGCGAACAGAAUUUUGAAUUAUGGAGAUUAUUGACACCCGAGUUGGAGAUCAGGAAAACGAUCCGCCUAGAAGAAAGGGUUGUGAUCCAUUGAAUCAGACGAUGAGAAGCAAGAUGCAGAAUAGACGACAAAGAUUGAACCAACAGAUCAAUAAGGAGAUGAGGAUGAGAGUUGGAGCAGAAAAUUUAUUCAAAGCUGCAACCAAUCGUAAACUGAAGGAGCAAGUAGCCCUGGAACUCAGCUUUGUGAAUUCUAAUCUCCAGCUCUUAAAAGAGGAACUAGCGGAGAUAAACAGUGAUGUAGAAGCCUACCAGAAUGAUAGCUACAUGAGAAGCGUUCCUCUCAUCCCACUUGGACUCAAAGAAACCAAGAAAUUAGAUGUCAGAGUUCCCUUCACAGAUUAUAUUCUUGAACACUACAGUGCUGAUGGAGAUAAAUAUGAGAAUGAAAUCAAAGAAUUUACAGAACUCAGACAGUCGAUACGAACUCCAAAGAGAAAUGAGGAAGGAAUAGAGCUGUUACUUGAAUACUACAAUCAGUUAUAUUUUAUUGAGAAUCGAUUCUUCCCUCCGGAUAGAAACCUAGGUGUUUACUUUCAUUGGUAUGAUGCAUUGACUGGUGUCCCUUCCAUACAGAAAUCAGCUGCUUUUGAGAAGGGUAGUAUUCUCUUUAACAUCGCUGCUCUUUUCACUCAGAUGGGUGCUAAACAGGAUAGGACGAUGGAAGAAGGAGUAAACAAGGCCAUUGAAUGCUUUGAGAGUGCUGCUGGUGCAUUCAAGUAUCUAGGAGAGAACUUCAGCCAUGCUCCUAGUAUGGACAUGAGUGGACCAGUCUUGGCUAUGCUAGGUGGACUCAUGCUGGCCCAAGUACAAGAAUGUAUCUUUGAGAAGCUGGUAUUAGAUGGAGUAGAGGAGACAAUAGAGAGCUGUGUAAGGGUUGCAAAAGAAGCCUCAGUUGUAUCUGAUAUGUAUAGCAAGGUGCACAAGAUGAUGAUGCAGCAGACGGUCAAAGACUAUAUCCCUUACUCAUGGAUCUCAAUGGUUCUUGUUAAAUCACAACAUUUCAAAGCAAGGGCUCAUCACUAUGCUGCCAUUGCUAUCGUUGGUCCUAGUAUGAAUCAAGAGAAAGAUUAUGACUUGGAGACAUUGCUUAGAUACUUCCCUUCCAUGUACAACUCAGAGAAAUCAGAGAUUGAGCCUCCUCAGAAUUGGGAAGAAAGAAUGAGAUUAGGCAAGGCACACAUAAGGCAGGCUCUGAUGCUUCAUGAGGAGGCCCUUAGGGUUCAUGACCUCUCCAAACAGCUACGUAAGAUUGACACAUUGAAGGAGGUCCUUAAGAAGUUCCACAGUAAAUCCAUGCAUCGGUAUCAGUCUCUUGAUGAUGAGGAGGACUUCUUUGAACUCCCUGAUGCGCCUGUCAUCCUCAGUAAAACCCUUCAGAUUGCCAAGCCCCAUGUGCCAGACUUCACCAAAGUCCAAGUCAAAGAUAUUUUCCAUAAUCUGGGUCCCCUUGCCAUCUUCAAUAGUCGUAAUCAGUGGACAGCACCUAGGAUAGUAGAGAUAGUGAGAGGAAUGGGAGGGUAUGGAUUCACUGUCAGAGGUGACUCACCGGUCAUUGUGGCUCAGGUUGAUCAAGGAUUCGCUGCUGCAGCAAGUGGAGUGAAGGAAGGCGAUUUCAUCAUCGGCGUCAACGAUAAUGAUGUCAAGUGGUCCAAACAUGAAGAAGUGGUGAAGAGCAUCUUAGCAUCUCCUCAUCGUAUCAAACUUGAACUCGUUUCUCCUCUGGACAAAGACUUUCUUCAUCCUCAAGACAUCCGCCGCAAGGAAACCAAGAGUGCUAAGGGGUCAUCGGAGCUAUCGCCCUCCUCGUCAGAUCAGUCACAGUCGCCCGUCAACGGGUCAAUGACAUCGGAUUCAUCAUUAGAGAGGCAACAGCCUCCAAGGAAAACACAUAAAGACUCACAGGGAUUAAAAGGAAGCAAUGCAUCCAAGAACAGUAAAGCCAAGGAAACCAUAACAUCAACAGACGGAGGGAAGGGCAGUACGGGUAAGAAGAAGUCCAAGAAACCGGAAAAGACGGGUACGGAGGAGAGGAAAAGAAAAGCAGUGGGGAACUCGCCAGCCGGGUUGUAUUGAAGCAACCAAUCUUACUGAAGUUCAAACCAUUAAAAAUAGAUGACUUGAUGUAUGUAUAUAUCAUGUGCAUCAGGCUACUAUGAUUGGAAAGGAGGAACAGACUCCGGAAGAAUCUGAAGGGUGUUGUAUGGAUUCCAGGAGGAGCAUAUGAGAAUGCUUCUCAUGAUCAGUAACUGCUGAGGAGUGAUGGUGUGUCCUGUCUCUAUCAAUACAUUUCUGUAUAUGUUGCAGUUAUGAUGAAAGUGAUUACACAAAACCACGUCAUAUAUCAAGACAGAUAAAUGAAUACUAGGAACUAGUGCAUGGAUCUGUUUGGCAUUAACAAUGGUUUCAUCGCUACUUCUUUAUUUUACAUGGCUUGUGCUAGGAGUGUUUUCUGCAUUACUUGUUAGAUUCACAGUGAAAGGAAGGACAGGGGCAAAUUACAAAAUACCAAUAGUACAGUGUAACUGGGAUAAAGAAGUCAUUUAACUGGAUAGAUCUUGCUUCAGUAGAUUUCACAUAUCAUAAUCAGGAUUCCCACAGUCAUCGAAAAUCCUGGAAAAAUUUGUGGUCAUGGAAAGUCAGGGAAUUUGGAAAAUUUGUGAAAAGUCAUGGAAUUGUGUUCAAGAUAAUUUUGAGUUUUGGGUGUUGGUGAAACAAAAAUGGUACCUUGGUCAGAAACAGCCCAUAUACUAAUGAUAAUAGAUGUACAUGUCAUGAGUAAGAUAGUGGGUGAAACAGAUGGCUGUGAGGGGGGGGGGGGGGUGGAGGCCGUCGUAACCUGUCUGAUUUUGGAAACCAUGCUAGAAAGGAAGUCAUGGAAAGCAGCAAUUAAGACAUGGAAGAGUCAUAGAAUUUUGUUUUCAAAUUUCUGCCCUGAUAAUGGAUUUAGUAGCACUAAGAGGGUAAAAAGGGAGAAAUUUUGAAGUCAUUUUUAUUUAGAAAACAAAAGUUGUGGUUUUAGUCUUCCCUGGUUUCUUGCCUCAGCUGUUCUCUGCCCUAUCUGAUUUCUGUUUCAGUUUAUUCAUUAUAGGAAGGUUUACUGCCCUGGAUGCAUUUAUACACAGUCCUUGGUACUUGCUACAUGUUGUUCUCUUUCAUCCAUUAUAGUCGCAUGAUGUGGCUGUUGUGGUUGCAAGUUAUAAGGUCACAAUUUGAAAUAUAACCUACUGACACAUAUCUAUGCCUUUUGAC